AUGCGCCAGAUCGUAGCCUCUGCUCAGUCAGUCCGUCUGCUCUGCCCUCUGGCCCCUGUCUCCUGGACCUCCCCUGUCUCCUGGACCUCGCCUCAUCUUAUCUGCUCCAUUCUCCCAACCUGGACCCACAAAGCUCCAUACUCCACCUUCGAGAUCCCCGCCUGGCUCUGCUGGAAUGGUCUCACCUCGGCCCCAGGCUUCAUGGAGAUAACCAGUGAAUGGGCUUUACUGGGCUACAGACUCUCCACCUGUCUGGGGAGCUCACAGAGGAGAUUUCAUGGAGGUGUUGUUUUCGUUCUGGGGCUGCUGAGUGUUUUCCUGCUGGCUGGACUCAUCGGCCUCGGUGUCCACUACCACAGUGUGCGCAGUUCAGCUGAAGAUAUCUCCGUUAUCAUAGACAACCUGACUGAGCGUCUCCAGGACAGUAAUAACAAGUUUUGUUCCGUGUCUGAAGAGAGAGACCUGCUGCUUGCCAACCUCACUGAAAUAACUAAAGAGAUGGAAAAGCUUCAGAGUUUGUCUGUACACAACUCCGUUAUCAUGAACAACCUGACUGAGCGUCUCCAGGACAGUAAUAACAACCUUUCUUCCAUGUCUGAAGAGAGAGACCUGCUGCUUGCCAACCUCACUGAAAUAACUAAAGAGAUGGAAAAGCUUCAGAGUUUGUCUGUACACAACUCCGUUAUCAUAAACAACCUGACUGAGCGUCUCCAGGACAGUAAUAACAAGCUUUCUUCCAUGUCUGAAGAGAGAGACCUGCUGCUUGCCAACCUCACUGAAAUAACUAAAGAGAUGGAAAAGCUUCAGAGUUUGCCUGUACAGAAGAAAACUUGUCCUGCAGGAUGGAGGAUGUUCAGACGUUCCUGUUAUCUCCGCUCAAAUGAGUCUGGUUCCUGGUUCACAGGCAGACAGGACUGCAGAGAGAAAGGAGCAGAUCUGGUGGUUAUAGACAGCACUGAAGAACAGACAUUCUUGUCUACCUUCACUGAGGUAGCAACUUGGAUUGGUUUGACUGACAGAGACGAAGAGGGAACCUGGAAAUGGAUUGAUGGAACACCACUGACUUCAAGGUACUGGAGGUCAAAUCAGCCUGAUAAUGGAAAUGGAGAUCCGCAGUGGGGUGAAGAGGACUGUGUACAUAUCAGGGCUGAGGGGAAAACUGGAGACAACUGGAAUGAUCUGUCAUGUGAUGCUUCUCUGCGGUGGAUCUGUGAGAAAAAUGCUGGUUUAUAAUAUGUAAAAAUGCUUUUUCAAAGCAAACUAUGAUUUUGCAAAAGGCAAAUUAGUUUGUAUGUGUGUGAAUUUGAAACUUUUCUCUGCUGUGCUGAUGACCUUUUGCUUCUGCUCUGCCUUUUUAAAGAGAUUUCUAUAAAUUAGAUGUUUACGGCUUUUGCCAGAAGAGCUUCAUUAACCAAUUUCCAAUGUUUCAAACAACUAAAAUAAGCAAACAGAUAAAACAAAUCAAACCUCUGCAAAAUGCAAGAUUCAUAAAAACCUUUAUUUUGAUUAAUGUCUUAGCUAAAGAUUUCAUGAUAGUUGAAAGUUGCAAAAAACCUGAUUGAGACCAUUUCUUAUGACAUCCCUCAUAUCAUAAUUAAACAAUGUAAUAUAGAUUUUGUGUAAUUAUGUCUUACUAUAUCAUCAAAUGACACUUUUCUGAAAAUAAUUUUUAAAUGAAGUCUAUUCAGCAGCUGACAGAUCUCUUAAGCAGAGGCCAUCAGUGUUUGUGAAUUUUACUUGAUAAUUAGUGGUUUCACUCAGGAAACACUUGCUGUUGUGAGAAAAUUAUCAAAUUAUUUUAGAAGAAUUGUAAACCAAAACUAUUCAACAGAUGAGUCAAUAUAAAGUCAGUCAAUUACAACAUAUAAGCACUGUACUGGAG